GGCAGCAGCAUCAUGGCAGUUGUUUUCACCGACCAGUCCACUGCUAUUGAGGGCGUAAACACGGGGCCAGCACCGUCUCCGCCGCCGCCGCCGCCGUCGCCACCACCACCACCAUCACAACUACCAACGCUGCCGUCACCGCCACCGACUCCUGUACCGCCACCACCGCCAAUAUCUGGUAAGAUGAAAAAAAAUUGGCGCUGGAUGAAGAUGAGGGGGGGCCAUCAACAGCAGCAGCAGCAACAACAUCAGCAGAGGCGCGGGCGGGUGCCUCAGAGGGAGAGGACCCACAGUCGUUUCCCUCAAUCUCCACGCAGCCGCUCUCCUCGCUGGUCGCGGCGAGAGGAAGUCGCCCCUCAUGAGCGGGCGUUUAAAAUUUUAGUGGAAGCUGUGUUGCACAAAAUGUCCAAGAAGAAAAAAUAA